ACGGACGGCGAAGGGCGCCGUUCUCAGCGUGCAGCGCGGGCGCGCGGAGCAUGGCGGGAUUUGUAGUGCCGAGUUUCUGUCAGGGCUUCAUCUCUGGGGAGGUUGUGUCGUGAGGGGAAGCUAUUUCUCGUCUCUUAAUGCCACGGCCUCGUCCACCCUGACCUUGGAGUGCGUCUCACUGGAAUGAGUGGGGCUUACUCGCGAGUAGGCAUGCCUAGGUCUGUAGUGCCAGGAUGCUCCCAGACAAAGGGCUUGGGUGCUUGGUUUUGUUUUAUUUUUAAAACACUUCUUUAUAAUGCUUUGUAGUCGAGAGGAUUCCAUAAGCCGUAAAAUAUUUGCAGCAAGCAACAUUUAAAAUAAUAAUAAUAAUAAUAAUAAUAGGCAUAGCGCUUGGGAGACCAUGGUGCGAGUCUCUCCUCAGCCAUAAAGCUCGCUAAGUAACCUUGGGCCAGUCACCAUUUCUCAGCCUAGACUACCUCCCAGGGAUGUUGUGAGGAUUGAAAUGGAGAGGAGGAGGAGAACCUUGAGCUCCUUGGGAGAAUAGGCAAAGUAUAAAUGUAAUGAACACCAACACCCAUAGCAGCCACGGGUCAAUGCCCGGGAAAAUGCUUGGGCAAACUAGUGUUUUAUAUAUAUUUAUUUAUUUGGUUUUUCAGAUUAAAGUUUUACUAUCACAUAUCCAACAUAUAACAUAAAAACAAGAUUAAAAGUGUUUCCUGGACUUCCCUCCGCCCCUUUGUGGGUCCUAUUGUAAAUCAUUUCCUCCUGAAUAUUUUAUAAUACAAUCCAAAUCUUUUACAUCUCCGUUAUGUCCAAAAUUCACCAUCACACUACAAGUGUUAUUCCAAUCCUACUAACAAUUUUAGCUGUUUACAAUGGUUUUUAAGGUAAAUUAUAAAUUUCCCCCCAUUCCUUAUUAAUAUUUUGGUCUUCUGAUUGUUCUGGUCAAAAAAAAAAGGCAAACUAGUGUGUUUUAAGCAAGGGCUGGAAACUAUGUAGUUGUUGGAGCCAGUGUGGUGUAGUGGUUAAGAGCGAUAGACUUGUAAUCUGGUGAACCAGGUUCGCUUCCCUGCUCCUCCACAUUCAGCUGCUGGGUGACCUUGGGCUAGUCACACUUCUCUGAAGUCUCUCAGCCUCACUCAUCUCACAGAGUGUUUGUUGUGGGGAAGGAAGGGAAAGGGAGAUUGUUAGCCGCUUUGAGGCUCCUCAGGGUAGUGAUAAAGCAGGAUAUCAAAUCCAAACUCUUCUUCUAACUUUACCUCGGCUAGGAGAGUAUUUCACAAGGUAGCUGCCACCACAGAAAAGGCUCUCCUGGUUUCCACAGUUUGGGGUACAUCAGAAAAGUGUCGGCUGAAGAUAUUGGUGAACGGUGGCAGGUCUAUAUAAAAGAAGGUGUUCUCUCAGGUAAUCUGACCCAAGUUACUGCAAAUGAAUCAUUCAGAUGCCACAAGCAGGCCAUUGGCAUACUAUUAAAAAAUAAUAAUACUGGCUUUUAUUUUGAUGCUGAGGGUACAUGGAAGUUGUAACAAAAACUUACAUGCGUGAGCAGCACCAGUAAAUGCCCAUCUGGAAGCACCCUAAAUCACCUGAGUUCCCAGAAUAAAAACCCAUAAAAACACCUGAAGUCACCUGGCUUGUUUUAAACCAGUCUUCGACAAGCUGAUGCCUUCCAUGUCUUUUGGAAUCAGUCCCAGGCAUCGUAAAAACUUCCAAACAUGUCGGCUUGGUCAUGUGGGGAGGAAGGGGAGCAAUUGAGCCCAAGGCUUGCAGCUUAUUCAUGUUAUGCUAUAUUUGUCAAAAUGCAGCAAGAGAUCUUGGCUGGAUCAUCUGUGCAACCAAGUUCCACACAAGGAAGUCAAUCAGGCAGGUGGUCACUGCGGAAAACCAUUUCCCAAGCCCUAAGCUUGACAUGUUUUCUGAGUGUAAGGCUGGCAAGGCUCCUUGUGCUGCAGUUCCCAAGCACCUGGCAACCGGCUGGUUGGGACAACUUACCUGCCAUUUUCCAGAUGUCAUUAUGAAAUCAGAUGACUGACAGGUGGGUUGACUGCCCACAUGUCGAAGUUGACCCACAGGGGUGGGGACAGAUGACAAUCUGGCCCACCAGGCUAAAAAGGUUCCUACCCUGUGCUAAACCAAGGCUUAGUGUGGUAUUUUCAUAUGACCAGUGAGUUGAAAAGUACGGUUUAAAUUUGCUCCUUGCAGCAUGACAACCUAAAUACAUUCCUAAGACAUAAUAUUUUUUUUUGCAUAGAAUGUUCAUUCCCAUCUUUUGUGGUAUUGAAAUGGUAGACAAAAUAUGAAAGCGAUACACCUCUUGCCCACCAGUUUUUGAGACGCCCAGUCUCUUUACUGAGCCAUGUGGGCCAUCAUCUGCUUCAUCACAAGCCAUUUGUACUCAUUUUGUCUCAGCUGGGACUUCAUCUGCUUUACUACUAUCUCUAGUCUUUAGCUUUCUCCUAACCAAGGAUUCCACUUUAUCUGGGUAGAAUCUCAUAUUAUGGCCCUAUUUCUACAAUCCUUUUGGCCUACAAUAGCCAUGGUUUUUAGUCAGCAAUGGUUUAUAGCCACACAGCCAUCAGUAUGUGAUGAAGAUCAAUCACUGCUGAUCACCGUUUGCUGGGCGAGAGUGAGGACUCACAGUGGCUCUCCAGAUAUUUGAGUUCAAUAUCUGGAGUUCAGCUCCCAUGAGCCCCAGCCAGUGUGGCCAAUGGUCAGGGAUGAUGGGAGUUGUAGUCCAAAACAUCUGCCAUAGGUCGGAGAAGGUUCGCCUGGAGUCUAGUGACACCUUAAAGGCAAACAAAUUAUGGCAUAAGCUGUCAUAGAGUAGAGCCCACUUCAUCAGAUGCAUGGAGCAUGCUCCCAAUUUACCGUAUGCAUAUAAAACAUGAUUGUAAAGGAAGGGAAAACGUAAAGGUUGGGGUUAAAUGGCAAUAUAAUGCAAAUACUAGACAACCGAGUUAGAGCUUAUAUGCAAAAUGACUUUUCACAGAAACAGUAAGUAACUGGUUGUUAUAACAACCAACAGCCUGUGGAGGGUUGCAGGCUUUUCAUCCUUGUGCUAAGGGAAGGAAGGUGUCGGUGCAGUCAUUUAUUAUUCAGUCUUCAUUUCUAGGAAUGGUAUAGUGAUGAAGGGUUGUUGACAUUUAAUUUUGGUAUCUACUUUGUUCUCUUAAAGUUUACCCCUUCCUUACCCCUUUACAUAAAUUUUCUUCAUAAAUGUUUUGACUAGUAGAUGUUCUAGUUUACCCUGGAAAUAGGUCAAUACGUGCUAAUUUUCUGCAGUUGCCAUCAAGCUGCAGUCAACUAUCACUUGCUUUUGAGAGCUUAGCUAGGGCUUUACGAUUAAUGGAGUUUAAUAGUAGCUAUUUGUUUUGGGGGUUUUGGAUUUGUGUUAAUUUGAUCCUGUUCUUUUCUUUAUAUUUCAGAGGACACAAGUAUUCAUCAAGCUGUGACCUGUAAGAGUGAAGAUCCUAUAUUAUAUGGAUUCUAUAACAGAGCAUAAUUUUUAUUUAGAUAAAGUAUGGGUGCAGUGUGAGAACAGCAGCUGUUUAAAAUGGAGACUCUUAUCACAUGAUGAUGCAACACAUAUUACUCCUAAUGAACCAUGGUAUUGUUAUAUGAAUCCUGAUCCUUGGUUUAACAACUGUUCUGUUUCUGAAGAACAUUUUCCAGAGGAGUCUCAGUUUCAAAAACAUGGAUUAAAAUAUGUGUAUUCAAAGCUUCCUCUAGGAAGCUUAGUUUUGGUGAAAAUGUACCGGUGGCCAAGGUAAGGUUUAAAAAUUUAACAUUUAAUUGCAGGUAACACAGAUUCGCUAUAUAUUUUGAAUGCAGUAGUCUGAGAAGACAUAAAAACAAUUCUAGCCUUGAAGAAUGGGGGAUAAAACAAUUUUCCAUUCUACUCCAGUUAUUCUGUUCUGAUAUUGUCUCAGGAGGCCUAGUUAAAAAGUAUACCAAAACAGUAUGCUUCAGAAAAAAAUAGGAGAAAGUGGAAAACAUGUUUGUUUGUUUUUGUUUGUUUGUUUUAAAAAAAGAUUGUUCAUGAUAAGCACAAGCAAAUGUUACAAGAACAAGGACUAGAAUGCCAAACUAGCAGGCUGUGGAUUUGUGAAUGCUGUACUGCAGAUCCCCAUCCCCAUCAAGUACAUAGGAUUGCUCUGCAAUGUGCCUUUAUUUUGAAAGACAAGUUAUUAAAGAUCCCUGCGCUGGUGUGUGUGUGUGUGUGUGUGUGUGUGUGUGUGUAUAAAGUUGCCAGUUAUUGAUGUUUCUGACUAAAAAAAAAAUUGGGAGCAUGUGUAUUAUAUGCUUUUUCUUUCUCCGAACUGAUUUUUUGAAAACAUUUUAUUUUAAGAUGGCCUGCCAUUCUUUGUCCUGAUCCUACUAAUGGACAGUAUGUAACAUACGACUCGGAUGGAGAUGUUGAAAGUCAUCAUGUAGAAUUCCUGGGAAAACCCCAUUCUAGGAGCUGGGCUGCUAUAAAAUAUAUUAGCAUUUAUCCUAGCUCAUUUAAGGUAAGAGUUUUUAAAACUGUAUUUGUUUUCUUAUUGAUCAUAACUUUAAAACCACGUAAUACAUAUCUGCUAGAUAUGAACUUCCCUCAUAACUAAAAAACAAAAAAACACCUCAUAGAAGCAGAAUGUUGGGAUUGAAAAUUUAGAUUUGUCAACAAAUUUUUUAGGGUUAUACAGAACACCCAUUACCUCUGACUUAUAGAUUCCAAUGUACGGCAGCUUACACCUACCACUUGAAUGGCCAGCAAGGUAAUUUUUGAAAGAACUGGUUUUUAUUUAUUUAUUUAUUGCUUGCUUUAUUCUAGGCAUUUGUACCCUGACAGCUGAUGAAUUAUUAGGCCAAAAUUCCACCGAUCCUCUCUUUGGAGUAGCUGGAGAAAUGAAUUUGGUUUCUCCAUUUCUCCAAAGGAUGGUUGGUACUGUCAGAAAUGACUUCACCCAUUUGUUAAAUAAUACACAGAUUCAAACUUGCAAGAAUCACAGUUCUGGUUAGUGGCUGUGGAUUUAUUUUGAAAAUUCCAUACACUUCUGCAUGGAAAAGGUUCUGCUAUUAGAAGCCUUAAAAAAUCUAUGUAAACGGCAUAUAUUGAGCUAAUAAUGUGAAGCCUGCCAGACCUGAUGGGGUCUGUAAAUGUACCAAAUUCUAAAUUGAUCUAAAGAAAAUUGCCACAGGUGCAGCAACUUUCACGAAAACUACAGAUGCACUUUAUUCAGUGCUGAGGAAGGCAAUCUUUCACUGUUUGAUAAGGUUCUGAGUAGCGUUAAAAAGGUUAUUAAGAUUUUCAUGCCCCAUCAUUGAGGGCUGUAGCAGCAACUGUGGGCAAAAAAAGGAAGAUAGGAUAUGCACAGAUUGAUUUUUGAAGCAGAAUUUUUGCCAGGAUUACAACAGUAUACAGUGGUACCUCGGGUUACAUACGCUUCAGGUUACAUACACUUCAGGUUACAUAUGCUUCAGGUUACAGACUCCGCUAACCCAGAAAUAGUACCUCGGGUUAAGAACUUUGCUUCAGGAUGAGAACAGAAAUCGUGCUCCGACGGCGCGGCAGCAGCAGGAGGCACCAUUAGCUAAAGUGGUGCUUCAGGUUAAGAACAGUUUCAGGUUAAGAACAGACCUCCGGAACGAAUUAAGUACUUAACCCGAGGUACCACUGUAUACAGAAGCUACAUACUGGAUGCUGUGAGCAAUGCCUAUUUAUUUGGUUAUGAAAUAUGACAGGGGAGCAGUGGUUUGGCAAGUGUUUGUCAACCUUUAGAAAUCUGAGACGUAUUGGGAAACCUGAGAUGAUUCCCUGUAACAAGAUUGCUCUAGCAUUGUAGUAAGGCUCUGAUGCUUCAUAAGGCAAUACAGGACUAAGACGUGGGGCAUUUUUGCUGACUCUAGAACUUCAUCCUCACCAUCUGGAUUUCUCCUAAAAGACCAAGGAAAAGCACAAUUUGUGAUAUUGCAUUACAUCAUUAUGGUGUGCAUCCAUUAUGUGGUAUAUCAGCCUUAGCUUCCAGUUGCCUGGCUUUGUGAAGCCAACAUGUGAGAGCCUUAAAUCUGGUCCUAAACUGGAUUUUAAAAAUAAUAGUAAUGAAAUAGUAACAGACAGAGAGUCACAGUAAUGUGGUACUCUUGUAACCCCAGACAAACAUUUAUUUCAAGCUCAUACUGUGGCAAGGAGAAUGAAGUUGAAGUGGAGGAGAGCAACCAGCCUUAGCUUGCAGUUUGUCUAGAUAAACUCUAAAACUGGAGAAUUACAGUUCAUUCACUACCUUUAAUGCACAAGAUUUAACUUUUGGAAUUCAGAACAUGCUUUGCUCAUCUAGGCCAACAGCAGAUAGAUGUUCCAAUUACAUAACUUUAUUCCAACAGAGAUUAGGCAAUCUUCAUCUGUUGCUGACUUUAAAUUAGCUUAAAGACGCAGGUUUAUUUCAUUUUAUGUAAGAAAUUUAUAUACCACCCCUUGCCAAAAGGCCACAGGGUGGUUUACUGCAUAGUAUCAUGUUAGCAUGAUUUAGCUACUUAAAAUAAUGUCCACAAAAUACAAAAAAAAAAGAGUUAUAUAACUGCUUCAUAAUAAUAAAUACAUAGUUGGUUACAGUGUUUAAGUAUUUGCAAUGUCAACACAGCAAAAACCCACAACUCAACCCCUCCCUGCAAAAUACAAGAGUCUAAUAACACAUUAUCAUUUACUGUAGAAUAUAAUGUGUUUAACAACAACAGUAGUAUAACUAUAUAAAAGCCUUUUAACCUAAGAUAUUGGAUGCUGUUCUUCAGAGUGAGGUGUGGGACUUUUUGUUUUGGUAUGCUGGUCUAAAUGCUUUUGGGAUGGACUUGGAUACAUUAAACUGUUUAAAAGAAUGUUGCUGAUGGGUUUUAUGGACAUGUACUGUAUUUGUAUAUGGUUGUAAACCAUUUUGAGAAACAAUCUUGCCUAAAAAGCAGUCUAAAUGUCUAUAAAAUACAGCAUGAAUUAAACUGUCAACAUACCUUUACUGUUUUGAUCAAAUUAGCUGUCUACCAACAGAUGAAUUUUCCAUACACAUGCUAGCGUUUACGGAUUUCGUUUUUACUAGUCAAAGGCUUCUUUGUUAGCUUCUGGGUCAGAGGCUGUGUAUACAGUUUGUUUUCUCAUUUGCACAUUGUUGUACAUGUUAGAACAGUUGGAUAUGUUUCCACAUCACCUGCUGUAAGUCCACAUCUGUGGCUGGAGAGGGUUUUGAAGAAUAUAUUUCAAUAUAUUUUUGUAGUCCCAAGUCAAUUUAUGUGGUUAGUUGCAUCACGGUUAGGAAGUUUUGAUUGUAACCACUUUCCCAUUCAAUCUGAUGAAAAAACUGUAAUGGUUUUAAUAAUAAUAAUAAUAAUUUUUAUUUAUACCCCGCCCUCCCCGGCCAAGGCUGGGCUCAGGGUGGCUAACAAGCAAUAAUAAAAACAAGUUGAAUGAAUACAACUUAAAAACAAGAUUAAAAUACAACAUUAAAAUAUUGAAACAUUAAAAUAUUAAAAUGCAGCCUCAUCACAGGAGGAAAAAGGAAAAAGAAAGAGGGGGAGGGAAUCAAAUUGGCUCCAAGCCAAAGGCCAGGCGGAACAACUCUGUCUUACAGGCCCUGCGGAAAGAAAUCAGAUCCUGCAGGGCCCUGGUCUCAUGAGGCAGAGCGUUCCACCAGGCCCUGGCUCUGGUUGAAACUAAUCUAACUUCCUUAGGGCCCGGGACCACUGGGGUGUUGCUCUUUAUGGACCUUGAGGCUCUCCGUGGGACAUACCAGGAGAGGCGGUCCCAUAGGUACGAGGGUCCUGGGCCGUGAAGGGCUUUAAAGGUCAAAACCAGCACCUUAAAUCUCACCCUGUACUCCACUGGGAGCCAGUGCAGCUGGAAAAGCAGUUAAGUUAAGUUGAUUUCACCACUCACUUCUGUUGAGCGGUUGUGGUGUGAUGUUCUUUUACCUCCUUAAUAUUCAGCUGUCAGCAGUGGUUUUCAAACAGCAAAUGUCAAGAUCCAUUCACUUUUUUAUGUUAUCAAAGUUAAGUGUUAGUUUUGGUACAACAUAAAAAUGCUGCUCAAAUCUUUUCUUUUGCUCCUUUUAGUGCGGGUAAAGUUUCUUCCUAUUUAUUGUAUGAACUCUUCUGUAGCUAAAUCUCCUGCCAAUCAUUUAGUAGUUUGAUAAAACGCCCUUAAAUCUCCUCUUAUUUCUGCCAUUUCCACUUCAAAUGCCUGCCUAUCAAUAAAUGCUCUUCUGUCCUCUGAUUGAUCUUUGAAACUCCAUCAUAUUUUUUUCUUUAUUCUUCCUUUCAUUCUCUACUUGGCCUGUUUUCUUUUUAUGUGACAUUGCAAAUCUACUCCUUUCUUCUUCCCUUACCAAAUUCAAGGACAGUCACUGUUGACUAAAGAAAUGACUGAUGACUGUUCUCAGGCCUUUUCCAUGUCAUUAUCUGAGAGACGGAAAAGCCAGAAAGCAGAUAUACACAGUCAGUCUUUAUUUGGCUGUUGUCAUACUGUCUCCACUCAAGGCCAUAAUCUUAUAGCUCUAUUUGCAGGAAGUAAAUGUGGCUUAGCUUCAGCUGCAUCAGCUUACAGUCUUUAUUCAACCUUUCUUGGAACACGCACCAGGCUAAUGAUCUAUUGGUUUCACACAUUUGUGUAUUCAUAAGCCAUCCUUUAGGACAGGAAUGCCCAACCUCUGGAAAUGUAGGUUCACGUUAAGAAUUAUGUAGAAGAGGGAAUUUCAGCAGAUGCAAGUUGUGCUGCCAUAGCGCUGCAGCUUUGUCACUUGAAACGCCCCAAUUCUAAAAUGCUUGCUAUCACUGCUUUUAAAAGUUUCCUGGCUUUUUUAAGGCAGCUACUCCAAAAGCCGCAUAUGAAUACUGUUAUGUAUUGAAGUACUCACCCUGGCCACCAGGGGUAUUGUGUAUAUAGUUUUCACUCAGGUCUACGUCAGUUAAUUUAGGCGGGAAAUCCUGGGAUGUUGUUGUUACAAUGUUGACAGCCAGCUGCCUAUAAAAGCAGGCCAGCUGAGCUGUUCAGUUCAGUCCCAGCUUACUAUAAAGAACCACUUGGAGAAAUCUCUGUGUCGUCUGCUUUGUCAACCCACUACUUAAUAAAUACAGUAAUAUAUAUAUAUAUAUAUAUAUAUAUAUAUAUAUACAUAUAUAUAUAUAAAUUAAUUGGCACAACAUUUGACCUCUGCUGUGUACUUCUCUCUGAAUCCUAUUUUCAGGACAUUCUUCUUUGGGAGAGCUUUUUGAUUAUGUAUUAUAGGGAAAUGGUUGUGAUUCUCUGUCUCAACAUCUAAUAAACAGAUGACUUAACUGCCAGCUAGGUAUGGGGUGGGGGGAAACUUCUACCGUUAAAGGAAUACUCUAGCUGAAUGGGUAAUCAUAAACAAUUAUACUUUUGCAGCAGAAUUCUGAAAUACAUUGCUCCAGAAUAAAUAGCACAGGUAACAACUUACUAUUUUAUACUUUUUAAGCCAGGCUUCCUCAACCUCGGCCCUCCAGAUGUUUUGAGACUACAAUUCCCAUCAUCCCUGACCACUGGUCCUGCUAGCUAGGGAUCAUGGGAGUUGUAGGCCAAAAAACAUCUGGAGGGCCGAGGUUGAGGAAGCCUGUUUUAGGCCAUACAGUUAUUGGAGCAUCUGUAUGGCUCCUCAAAUGUAUCCAAGCAAUAGUGCUACAUUUUGAUGGCAAAAAUGAGGGUGGUUACAGAGCCUAGAUGAUUCAAACAGCUUCUAAACACAGGAUGGUGCUCUGUUGAUCAAGAAGUGGCUCUACUUUAUAAGCAGACAAGCCUGCUAUUAAGAUUAACUCAGAUAUAAUUACCACAAAUUGCACUUGAACCAAAGGCUUCUUGACAUUGUGAAUUCCUUUGUCGGUUUCUGAAAUUAGCCUGUUCCUGAUAUUUUCCUUUAUCCCCAAGUGGUUUACUAUCUUCACAGAUAUGAAAACACCACAAAAUAGUAAUAAAGCACACUAUAGUGAAAACAACAAGAAGUAAACAUUCAUAUCUUUUAAUUACUGGCCAGAAUAAUUGCAUAUGCAUAAAGUAGAUUAGUCUUAAAAAUAGAGGUGGCAGAGAUAAAAUGUGAAACCCAGAAACAUUACCAAUUAAUAAUUUUCAGAGAUAUUUAGAAAUUGUUAUCCUAUGCAAUCCAUUAAGGAAAGCUUAGUUUAAUAAAAUUGUCUUAACUAGAUCUAGUAAAAAUAUUAACUAAAGGCUUAACGUACCAUGUUUUAAGUCCACUGCAGCUUCUGGUUCUGACAACAUCUGAAUACCGUAUUUUUCGCUCUAUAAGACGCACCAGACCACAAGACUGGUUUUUGGAGGAGGAAAACAAGAAAAAAAAUAUUCUGAAUCUCAGAAGCCAGAACAGCAAGAGGGAUCACUGUGCAGUGAAAGCAGCAAUCCCUUUUGCUGUUCUGGCUUCUGUGAUAGCUGCGCAGCCUGCAUUUGCUCCAUAAGACGUGCACACAUUUCCCCUUACUUUUUAGGAGGGGAAAAGUGAGUCUUAUAGAGCAAAAAAUACGGUACUUGUUUUCAGUGCCACAGCUCCUGCUUUUGGGUUUGCUGUUUUCAUUGGUAUAGCUCCAGAAAAUGCAGGUAUCUUUUUAUUUUUGUCAGUGCUGGUAAGUCAGUUGUACUGCACUUACCCUACUCACUGGUGUGAGAUCAUAACACUUGAAUGAGCAUGUAAAAUAUCCAUCUGGGAGAUGCUGCCAUUCGGGGGCCCAUAUAGCAUUUUAGAGUUAAUCUGUGCUUUAGUUUGAAGUUUGGCUGAUAUAUCUUAAGCAUUUUAAUUAUAAGCUCCUGAGUUAUUCCGAAGUUCCAAAUAAAAGUUUGAAUAUUUAAUAUUAUGAUCUAGAAAUUGCUUUUCAAAAAUCAGUUGCUCUUAUCUCAUGAUGGAACCUGCCCAAAAGAUUCUCAGUGACAGCUGCCAAGUCAGUUACUUUUGGUGAAUUUCUGUCCUGUUUAUAAAUCCAGAUAAUUUGCACUUUGUAAAGGCAAGUUUAAAUAACCUUGCAUUUGAAAUUUCCUGGUUGGAAUCUAUGUAUCAAUUCUGGAUUGGAAUCCAUGUGUUAUAGAUGUAUAGCUAUUAGGUGUUAAUACAUGCAUUUUGAAUUUUCCACUGAUUAAAAAGUACUUAAAUCUGUUUCCAAGCAAAUAUGAGGCUCACAUAAUAAACCCUUCCUGCCAGCAGCACUUAUCUUGUUGCAGUCUCAGAAAGCAGCCAAGGUAGAAGGGAGGGAGGCCGCUGGUAUAUGCAGGGAGUUCAUUUCUGAGAGUGCACACCAAAUAAACUAGUAUUGAGACCAACUACUACUAGGGACCGUUGCACUCCAGGAGUAGCUUCCAUGGGCGUAACCCUUCAGAGCAGGAUUAACCAAAGAUCGUAAUUCAAGCUGUGAAAACAUUUGUGGUGGGCUUCUGAUGCUCAUCUCAUGUUUGAAGUAAGCAUUGCCAAGCCCCCAAAGUUAAUUCCCAGGCUGAGCCUAGCAAACUUCAGUGGCAUUGGUACCUCAAAUUAUAAAAAGGUAAAGGACCCCUGACAGUUAAGUCCAGUCGCGAAUGACUCUGGGGUUGUGGCGCUCAUCUCGCUUUACUGGCCGAGGGAGCCGAUGUUUGUCUGCAGACAGUUUUUCUGGGUCAUGUGGCCAGUAUGACUAAGCUGCUUCUGGCAAAACCAGAGCAGUGCACGGAAACACCAUUUACCUCUAAGUUUUGUAGAGGAAAAAUACCCCAAUGUGAAUAGAAUAAUCAAUACAAAAUAGGAUAAUUCUACUACUGGAAUAUUUGAAAAGCUUUUUUUUUGAAAAGGGAAGUUUCAUUCUGAUUCCAAAAUCAUUUACAGCCUGAAAUACAGUUCAGUUAAAACCUAAGAACUAGGAUUUAAACAUAUACUGCAUAAUCAGCUUAGAUCUGUAUGUCAUCUUAAUUGGAUAAUGGAUUAGAGUUUGAAAUGGUUAAGCUGGAAUACACAAAUGAGGUAUCUUGAAAGAGCUAUAGUGAGGUUUUUUAAGCCCUAGGAAUUGCUUUAUUAGAUUAGAUCAAAUGCCUAUCUAGUUGCACAUGCUGUUUAAAACAGUGAGUAAGUCAGAUGUUUGGAAGCUUGCAAGCGGAGUAACCAUGGAGAUGGCUAUCUCCAGUAAUUUCCCCCAGUAUCUGGUUAUUAAAAGUAUGAUGCCUGAAUAUGGAGGCUCUAUUAUUAUUAUUAUUAUUAUUAUUAUUAUUAUUUACUAUUACAGCUAAUAGACUUACAGAUCAAUGACUUUCUGUACUAAGUUUCCAUCUAAUUUAGCAGCCAUCACUGUUUCUUAGCUAUGGUUUGCACAAGUUGAUUCCUUUUGCUUAUUUUAAUUGAAACAAGUGAGCAAUUUUAUUGGAUGGGCUGGGAAGCUAAAAUUUAGGGAGAGAAUGAUUUCUCUACCUAUUUCAACAUUUUAUGAAUCUGUAUCAUGUAUCCCCUUAGUCAUGCUUUCUGUCAUCGUAAAACCACUGCUUUAUUUCCCUAAUCACUUUAGUUGCUACUUUCUGUACCUUCUCCAGUUAUCCUUUUAGAAAUUGAGUUACCAGAGGUGAACACAGUGUUCUGAAAGGCAGUGCAGCUUCUACUAACACAUUUGGAUAGGAAGACUAUCUUUAGCUGUUUUUGUCCCAAUGGAUAUCUGAGAUCAGAUGUAACUCCUCUUAGGGGAGAAAAUAUGGAAGAGAAACGAUCUGAGGAAAGAACAAUUUGAGGGAGAAAGUUCAGCAUCCUCCUCGCCAUGGGUGUAGCCAGCAUUUUUGUGGGGGAGGGAGAGCAGGCCUUUUGUAUGAACUUGGGGAGGAGGCACAAGUUUCCUACCCUUAAGUUAGGUUCUUUCGUCCCUCAGAUUCCUUGCAAUCAAAUUUUAAGAUGAUCUUUUAGAAUAUGUAUUUCACCACAAGGUGGCGCACAUGUAUAUUGAAAACGCACUAGCUUGAAUCCUUUGUACUGUAAAUAACUUUCUUGGAAAUUCCUUAUUUGUAUGCUUGUACUGUCAAGAAAAUACCUUAAAUCAAGUAAUACACAUUUCAUCACAAUGUCAUUUCUUUAAAAAGUGUGCAUUACUGCAUUAUGUGUGCACAUAAUUGUUGUGCAUACAUUACUAUAUCAAACUGAAGAGGUUGUGAAUGACGUCUUCCCUUGUAAUUAGCAUGUAUCCGCCUUGAUAGACACACAAAAGGAUGACUACUUUUGCUAUCAUAAUUCUAGUUUUGUUUGUUUUUUUAAUUACAAGUAUUCAAAGGGCAAACGGGUCUUUCAUUACGCAUAGUUAUUUGGAGCAAUUAAGGGAAUUAAAAUAAUUAGGAUUUUGUGUUAGCUGUUCUGAAAAAAAGGUGAUUUUUCAGGAAGAUUAUGUUAAUUGAACCAACUAUGGAGAUCUAACAACACAAUUUAUUUUAGUUUUUGCUCUUAACAUUUGUGCUUGGGGUUUUUUAAAAAAUAAAUAAAUCAAAAGCUUGCAAACAAACAGUGUAGUUCAUUCGGUUUAUUAAAAUAAUUACCCUUUUCUAUUCUGUGUAUGCUCCUAUAUAAUAUAAAGUUGCAGGUUCAGGGAGGAUCAUGCACAAACGCAACGAGGAUGCAGAGCAUUCCUUGCAAAGAGCAAGUCGUUACUUUUGUAUGGUGCGUAUACUUAAAAAGUUAGCUUCGCCUAUUUGAACAGCUUCAUGGUUUGGACAGCUAUACAGAAUACGUAGGGUUGGAUUCAGAGAUAGGCAUGCUUAAAUUAGUCAUGUAUUCCAACUUAAUCCCAUUGAUUUUAGUGGGUCUGUGCUAAAGUUGACUUAAGUUUAGAUUCCAUCCCAUUGGUUUCUCUGGGUCUGUUUAAAAAAUACUAAACUGUAUUUAACUCAGAGUUUAAUAAUAAUAAUAAUGGGAGUUAAAAGGAUGUUAAUAAAAAGACUUGGCUUGGGGUAAGAGCAUUAUUUAUCGAGUAUUACUCUGAAGCAACAACAUUCAUUUUAGUAAGACUUGUAUAUAAUUUGAAAACAACGGGUUGCACCAGAAACUGAAGUGGGUACAAAAAUAAAAAAGCAAUACUGGGAAAGCCUGCGUAAUUGUUGUGGGUCAUGCUAAUUUUCCCAAACGCAGAGAGGUGAAUGGGAAGCUAACCAGCUGCUCAACCUUGUUAGAUGACACCAAGCUUGGAAAUGUCUUCUAAAGCUACAAUUCUAAAUGAAUUUAUAUGUAAAUAAAGUCUAAUUCAAUCCAUUGGACCUUACUUCCAAGUAAACAUGAAUAGGACCAAUUUGUAAUCUUAAGUGAUUCUACAGUAUGGAAAAACUGGUUUCUUUCCAAUGUGUUGUCAUUUUGGCUGAGGUUGGCUUGGACUAACGUUAUUCCCCUUUUUAUUUGUUUGUUGCAGGGGCAUUUAUUUCAGAAGUUUAGGAAAGCAAAAACAAUUUAAUAAAGUGUUUGUGUGCUGGGUACAUAUGUUGUCCCCUUUGUUGUGAUCCGUGGUAUUACUGGCCCUUUGAUUAUUUUUUAAUGUAGUAGUCAAGGCUAAAGGUCAAAUGAGGGCAUGGUUAAUAACAUUCCCGCAGCUAUUCCUUUUGAAGCCUUUACCAACCCAGAAUAAAAUAAAAAUAAAAUCAUGUCAUUGAUCCUAUUUGUGCAUGAGAUCUUAACGAAACUUCUGGGUUCACAACAUCAUCUGUGAAUGUGCUUGGAUUCCCAAGGCAGAAUUGCUAACCAAGGUUGUGUGCCCAUGUCAGGAGUCCAGUCCCUGGCUUGAUAACACAGCGAGCGUAAUUAAAAAGGAUGAUUUAUUGUCAAACCAAACAGACAACUCCGGAUGGCCCUAACACAGCCCCCGCCAUCAUCAGUCAUGAUGACCCUUCUGAAGCCUGCUUCCGGUGAGACUAGAAGCAACUGAACUUUCACUUCACACAUCUUUUUUACUUCCUAUCUUGGAGCCCUCCCAUUCGUGGAGACCUCAGACUGAGUGCGUCAGCACCCUACUCUUCCCCAUUCUCCGAGAGGCUGUCUUUUAAUUCUUCCUUCCGGAGAGCUUUGACUGCAUUCUAGCUGGCUCCCUGCCAUUCCCUUAUCGGUCGGUCGGCAUUCCAAGGGGCGGUGGAGUUGGCACAAACCGAUGCUCAUCCUGCAUGGCAGUUAACCCUCUCUGUUCCUUCCUGCUGUCUUCCGCUGGCAGCAACCCUUCCCUGGGAGGUGGCUCAUUCAUGACAGCACAUUACUGGUGUAAAAUGCAACCAGGUUGUUAUUUUUCUUAAUUUGGAUCGAAGCUGGGCUGGAGAAAAACACAUCAGAACAGUAAUUCAUUAAAAAACAACAUCACCAGAUCGUGUCUAAUGUUGUGGGUAAACCAAUUCCCAAACUAUCAGUUGGAGUGUCAUGGUCCGGUUUACGGGCGGUUGAAGUCCUGGUAGAGGACGUCGGGACUAGGGGCAAGACGGCGGGGUGGGAGCAGGAACGAGAGUCCAGAAGCCAGGAGUCAAGAAGUCGAGGAUCCGAGGAUCAGGAAGCAAGGAGUCAAGAAGCCAAGGGUCCGAGGAUCAGGAAGCAAGGAGUCAAGAAGCCAAGGGUCCGAGGGUCAGGAAUCAAGGAGUCAAGAAGCCAAACAACAAGGCAGGAAGCGUGUUGCUGUGGCAAAGAGCCAAAGGGAAAUGCUAACCUUAUAUCCCUUCCCGGCUCUUGCCACCAGGUGCUGUGAGUUACCAAUUGGCCUCACCUGUGCGGCCGCGCCUUGCCUCUUGAGAACAAACUUAGGAAAGCCCCGGGUCCUGCAAAACCCUACUGGUCACAGGGCCUGGCUCCUGCACGCACUCCUGACACAGCGUGCCUUGGGUGCAGAGUAAAUGGGAGUGUGUACACAGCCUAAGUGUUGAAAAAUGACAUGCUUCAAAAGUAUUUUGACUUUUCAAAACACGUUUCCAUUUGUAUUUUGACUUUUAAAAGUUGAAGCCAGUGGUUCCUAAAGGGGGCGGGUGCCACCCCCUGCGGGAUGGUGGGAUUACCUAGGGAGGCACUUAGAGGCAUGGGGGCAGCAGCUGGAGGUGCAAAUGACUAUAACAGUUAGAAAAGCUGGUAUCACCGGAUCAAGUUUGUGAGGAAAUUAAACUAGUUUUAAUUAGGUUUUGAAUAAGUGUGCAAUUAAUUUUUUACUUUGUUGAUUUUUAUUGUGUGAUGUCCCUCAGUGGGUCGUGCAAACCACUAUUUAGAAUAAUAUUCUUUUUUUACAGGGUAGGGGGCACUGGGGAGUAGCUCAUGGAACCAAGGGGGCAAUAGCCCCCCCAAGUUUGAGACCUUGGUCUAGGCCCCAUGAGAGCAGUGCUUGGAAGCUUUACUUGCAAUGGUCGUUAAUGUUUUUUGGUUUUGAUUUAGAAUGUCACUGUGCACACUAAUUCUCCCAAUACUGGCAGUUGUAUAGAUACCUUAGAUCAUCCUUGCAUGGACCUAGAAGUUUGAAGGCUGUCUGAGGAGAAACAGGGAGCCCAGGACCAUAUGUCUACAAGGCAGUACAAUCUUAAAUGUUUCAAUAACAAAUGCUUUUAGCCAGGGCUUUUCCCCCCCAGUCCGAACUCACCAGAACUCAGUUCCAGCACCACUUUCUCUAGAAAAAAUAGCACUGCUUUUAGCCAUUUUACUCUGCUUGGUAUUUGUAUUUUAAAGGGGUGCAUGAGAUCUGGAUAAAGAGACAAGCCUAUUGUGAAAGGGGUAUACCCAAGACAGAUGAGUCAGCUUGUAUAAGAGAAAGAGAUGCCACCAUUUUUGAUAGGUAGGAAAAUGAAAUUAUAUAUAUUUUUUGCAAGGUUCAAAGUGACCUUGUGUAUUAGGAGCUGAUCCAUAAAUCCAUGAGGGUACUAUAGUUGAGUGCUUUAUUAUCUCAACUUUGAACUAGAACUCUAAAGUGUUUCUUAGGCUGCUUUUAUGCAUUAACUGCAAGAUGUACAGUAUACAUAAAUAAUUUGCUUGCUUCCUUUACUCCAUUUUUCCGGAUAUAAAAUGUGUUUCUUUUUAUAAAUCCACAUUUGCUGGAAUAUGAGUGGCAUGGUUUGUUUCUUUGCUUUGUGGGGAUUCUAGAGAACAUAUUAUGGGGCAUCUGUAUAAAUAUAGUAAAUAAAUAACUAAAUAAUUGAUAGGGCAGAUAUUCCUCGUCAAAGGUAGUACAGUAAGCCUGCAACUUAUGUUCACCUUACCUACGCGAUCUCAAUAAAUAAAACACAGGAAAAAUCAAAAUAUUUUAAUUUAAAUGCACUUUGGACUCAGAUAACUAGUAACUGCAGGGGUGUUAGUUGAAGAAAAUUAUGCUGUACAGGUUUCAUAAUUCAUAGUACCACAUGGGUAUAGCAUAGAUCAGAACUGAGCAGAGCCAACAAGCUAUUUUGCUGCUUGAGGAAAAGGUCAAUAUGGCACCCUCCCUGUUCCAAAUGCAAAAGCCAGCUCUUAUUUGGUGAAAGGACCACAUCCUCUCCCCUACCUGAGGGCAACAGAAUAACUUAAGAGGUGCAAAGGGAAUGGUAGAAGGAUUCCCAUCUCCGACAUUAGCCACCCGAGGCAGCUGUCUCACUCUGUCUAAUGGUAGGAGCAACCGUGGAACUAAAGAAGAGCAGGGCCCAAGGCAAUAGUCAAGAAAGCAUGCAGAAACUGUUUCCUUCCCUUCUCUGAAGAGAUAACAUUGGUGAAAGCAGCCUUUUGUCUAUAGAGGACUAGAUUGAGAUUCCACGCUCCCCUACACAAACUGUAUCUUCCUGUAGGAAACUAAUCCAGCAUGAUGUGCUUCAAAAAAUAGACUGUCUGUUGACAAGAUGAUGGUAAAAAGAAAGAAAAUAUUAAUAACUUCUAAUCAGUUCUCUUUAUUAUCAAGGAGAAUGCAAUUUACAAUUUCUGCAUAAGCAGGGAUUAGAUGUUGAGUUUAGUUACUGGUGCCUAGCAACAAGCUAAAGGCAUUUCUGUUAGAUUUGUUUUCUAUAAUAUUAAGGUAACCCUCUAAACUUAAAUCUCUUUAAUCAUAUAGCCUAUAUUUUGGGAUUGUAUAAAUUAAGAAUAGGAGCCUUUCAUCUUUGCCUCUGAAGACUUCUCUCCCCCCCCCCAACUUUGAUUUCAGUUCAGUAAAUGCAAAUGCUAACAAACAGCAUUACCAAGUUGCAAUAUAUUGUUUGAUCAGCAAGUACUGCAUUGAAGUUCAUUGUUUCAAAGGUUCCAGGUCAUGCUCAUAGUUUUGCUAACUAUUGUGCCUUAAGCCUACAAGAGAAAUUGCAUAACAAUUGAAAUGGUUAUGACACAUAGUUUAGAUACCAAUAAAUGGCUCUGUACAUAGCAGAACUGGGCAUGUUCAAGACCAUGUGAAAAAUUGCGUGGCUUCUACAGUUCAGCUUCCACAGGCCUAGUUCACUGUAAACUACAGUUUCCUUUUGUCUAAACUAUGCUGUAUUCCUUUUUUCAUUAAUACAGGAGACUUCUUUCUCACCAGUGCUUCAUUACACCGGAAGUCCUCAAAACAGCUUUAUUUUUACUUCACUUUCACUUUAUUUACCUUUCCACUCAAAGCAAAAUAAUUCUCAAAGACCUAAUUAUAGUUAGUACAAAACUUAGUAAAACAGCAUAUUUUUACUGGUUUGGGCUGAAGUCAUAUCUACAGUACAACUAUUUGAACUCAAUAGGGCUUCCUUCUGAGUAGACUUGUAUAGAAUUUCACUGUUAAUAUGUUGUUUCAAAUGCCCACAUUUAAAUUAUAAAGUUGUAAAUACAUGGGAUUUUUUAAAAUGAUUGAUUGCAUAUGUAGUUGAUACUGGAUUUCACAGUGUAGUCAAGGCAGGUGUCUGGAUUUACAUUCAUUUAUAAGCUCCCAAAAAUGAAGAGUUCAAAACUCUACCAACAGCACCUAACUCAGGAUGAGGCAAAUACAUUUUGAUCUAUGAGACAAAAUCAAACCUCUUCCUCGUUUAAAUUGGAGAAAUAGACAACUUGCUGUCCUUUAAUGUCACCCAAAACUGCCAAAUAUGGGUCAGCUGUGUGUGUCUCUGCCUCAUGUAAGUUCUAAAAACUGAUAUGAAUAGCUAAUAUAUUUUUUUAAUGGAUGUUUCCAUUUGGGGGAAAGGUAUUAAAAUGGGUUCAUAAUCUUAGAUUUAUAAAUAUAUAAUUAUAUAUAUUUGCAACUGCAGGUGUAUGUAACACAUCCAAGACUAGCUGAGUCCAUGCAUUUUUUUCCCACGUAUUUGUAAUUUCAGAAACAUAGUACUAAUACUUUGAUAGCUAAUAUAAUGUGUGUGUUUUUCUGUAGGCCAAUGUAUACAAGAGGGGGAAAGUCUGGUAUGAAAGUGCAUUAGAAGAAGCAAACAAAUUGCUGGCCUGUUCUGCUCAGCAAAGGCUUGAAAUGUGCUACCUCUCAAAAAAGGGUACAGUUGUAUGGCUUUCUGUCUAUAUAUUGACUUCAUUGUUUGUUUGUAUGCAAAGUGGAUACUACAGUAAUUGUAAUACACUAGUAAUUGUACUAUACAGUAAUAUAAUGAUUUCAAAUUAUUAAAUGAAAACUAAGGCUUUCUAUGUAUAAGUGCUUCAUGCAGAUUGCUUGUGACCCUCGCUCCUUUAUCCGUCUUCUACUCUGAGUGCUCAUUCAUGACAUGCACCCGUUUGAUAUGUGGGGGUUGAUUCUGCACAACAUGUGUCCCUUCAAGGAGUGGCUGGAUUGCUGCCAUGGUCCUCCCUGUAAUACACAUGAUAUUUUCUGUAGCUGUCUCAUCUAUGUUGACCGUGUCAUAAUCCUGAAUGACAUUUCCAGAACAUAUCAAUUGUAGAUAGUGAGGCUGGUGCUGCUUACUGGGAGGAGGGGUGAGGCAGCAGUGAGGUCAGCAUGGUGCGAGGGCACUGGCAGAGCCAUUCUUGCACUCCUGGCAGUGCACUUCCAUGGCACUAACCUCUCCACCACCUCCCCGCUUCCCUUCUACUUUCCAGUAAGCAGCAGCAGCAUAAGCAAAUGGAGGUAAGGUGAGCAGCACAGCCCCCAAAAAUCAUCCACUGCUGGAAAACACGACCACCAGAGGUGAUAAAGGUAAAGGUAAAGGGACCCCUGACCAUUAGGUCCGGUCGUGACCGACUCUGGGGUUGCGUCGCUCAUCUCGCUUUAUUGGCCAAGAGAGCCGGCGUACAGCUUCCGGGUCAUGUGGCCAGCAUGACUAAGCCACUUCUGGCGAACCAGAGCAGCACACGGAAACGCCAUUUACCUUCCCGCCAGAGCGGUACCUAUUUAUCUACCUGCACUUUGACGUGCUUUCGAAUUGCUAGGUUGGCAGGAGCAGGGACCGAGCAACGGGAGCGCACCCCGUUGCGGGGAUUUGAACCGCCGACCUUCUGAUUGGCAAGUCCUAGGCUCUGUGAUUUAACCCACAGUGCCACCAGAGGUGAUAGCACUGUGUAAAACAAUUCCACAGGCGGGGGGGGGCGCAGGUAAGCCCCACCCCACAUAAUUGAUCACAAGAUGUAGCACAUGCACACCAUUUGAAUGGCAAUGCCCUUCAACCGGGGGGGGGGAGCUCAGCCCCCUCAAAUCUUUCGGGGGGGGCAAAGGGACCUCAGCCCCCAGGGGUUGGCUCUUAUGUCCACAGCAGAUUAAACUAUGUGUGUUUGGUGCAUAUCUGGAAAUCUUGUGCAGGUAGUUAUAGCAGUACAGAAAGGUACCAUUCAAUCCGUUAUAAUAUAAUUAUAUAUUUAAUAAAAUAAUUUUUUGUACCAGUACUACAUCUUGUUAUUACAACGUGAUGUAUCAGAGAACAGAUCGGAAUAACUAUGAAAAGUAAUUUUGUUUGCCAGUAAACUAUUUUUACUCAGUUAUUGCUUUUGUUCAUUUACCAAUAUAUUUUUUUUAGAUGCAGUAAAGAAUAAAGAAGCCGAAACCAAAUCUAACAUGAUCACUUGCAGAAAAAAUGUAAGAUUUAAUAUGUAUUCUUACAUUCUUAAUGGAUUGGUGGAGCCUACUCGUUUGCAGACCAAAGUUACACUUUCAGCUUCAAUUUCUUGUUGUUGCUGCUGCUGCUGUUGUGGUAAAGGUAAAGGUAAAGGUACCCCUGCCCGUACGGGCCAGUCUUGACAGACUCUAGGGUUGUGCGCUCAUUUCACUCUAGAGGCCGGGAGCCAGCGCUGUCCGCAGACACUUCCGGGUCACGUGGCCAGCGUGACAAAGCUGCUCUGGCGAACCGGCACCAGAGCAGCACACGGAACGCCGUUUACCUUCCCGCUAGAAAGUGGUACCUAUUUAUCUACUUGCACUUAAUUGUGCUUUUGAACUGCUAGGUGGGCAGGAGCUGGGACCGAAAGACGGGAGCUCACCCCGCCACGGGGAUUCGAACCGCCGACCAUGCGAUCGGCAAGUCCUAGGCGCUGAGGUUUUACCCACAGCGCCACCCGCGUCCCUUGCUGUUGUGGUGCUGUUAUCAUUAUCUCAGUGGCAUUUCCUUGAUAGUGGAAUUCACUUCCUAGGGAAGUGCAGUUGCCUCCCACACUAUUAAUUUUUAGAAAUCAGCUGAAGGCAUGUGAGUUUUCCCAGGCUUUGGGGAGGUAAAUCUUCCUUAAAUCUAGCAGCAUUAUUGUGCUGUUGUGCCUUAAUGUUGUUUUUAGUUUUGUAGCUUUCAGACGUUUAAAUUAUUCUGUGUAAAUGGUUGUUUUUAUUAUGCUGUGCACCGCCCUGGAAUCCUCCAGGCGAAGGUUAGUGUAUAAACACAAUAAAUAAUAAUAAUAAUAACCUGUCUGACACAGUUGUUUCAUUUUCACCGAUCUCAUACCUGCUUUUUUUGCAACCUUGUUUGAGAUACAGUAUUGUCCUUAGCUUAUUUAAAAUAUGCUUGAAUUUGAGGUUGGUCCCAUUAGUUCAUACAUUUUCCUAUUUUCUCUGUGUAUUAUGCUUAAUCAACAUUUUAAGUGAACAACUUUGGGGGAGGGGAUGAGAAUUUAAAGAGAUAAAUAUAGAGAAUAAAGCGAUAAAUAUAGAGAGAAUUUAAAUAUAGAAUCUCACUUAGAAAUGAAACAACAUAACACCUCUGUUACCUUACCAUGGUAACACUUCUUGACGUUAUACAAAUUGGUAACCAGCAUACAUUUUGGACAGGUGUCGACCGAAAUAUGUGAUGGGAGUGAAGUGGACUGGAGCGGGUGGGGGGGAGUGAUUUUAUGAGUUUGUGAAUUCUAAUAAAAUACUGGGCACAACUGUUUUUGACGUAGAGGAGAAUCAGCUUCACUUUUACAGAAAGAGUAAAGAGCUGAACUAAACCUUCAGAAAAGGUAUUGUCAAACACCACCACCCCUUGGUGAAUUUCCCCCAGCCAGCUGUUUCAACUAGUAAAACUCCCUAUGUGAGUUGUGCUACCCAAAUGGUAAGAUUCUCAGUCCCCAGUCGUUGUCUGUGAUGGCUCCUGGUGAAGAUGGCGUUGACCGUGGCUCACAUUUUGAAUCCUACUGAAACAACACGACUGGGGUGUACGAGGGAAGUUUAGCACAUGCAUACUGAUCGCAGCAGCAAACAUAACAUCGUGUUAAAUAAAAAUAUUAAAUACGGAAAGCUUCAAAGUAUGUUUUUUUGUUGUUGUUAUGUUUCUUAGACAAGAACCUGGACAAAAACUUGUGGAACGGAAAGUAGCUGCAGAACUGGAAGAAAGAAAAGGUAAGCAUUGGGUUAGUUUGACUUUAUUUGGUUACUUUUUUAAACCAUCCCAUCGGCAGCCUAUUAACACUACAAUUACUGUGCCAAGUUGUGUUGUUAUAAGAUGGUGGUUCCCUCUUUUCUAUAAAAAGAGGAGCUGGAACUCACCAUGAACUCCUCCUUCUCUUAUAAUGGCAAUGGUGCCUACCUGAGAGGUACCAGAACUGAGUUCUGGUGAGUUCCGGCUGAGAAAAAUGCCCUGGUGGCUCCCAUGAUGCUGAAGGAAACGAUUUUUGCACUAGUUUGCACUUGGCAUUCAUUCUGAUUUGCUUGCACAAAGCUUAUGUGGUGGUUAGAUCAUGUUCAGUCUCUACUGAGCAUCCCUUCUGAUUUGUUUGCAAGGCGGAUAUAUGAAUUUGAGCCAACAUCAUGAUUUGCUGGUGGGGUGCUGCUUAUACAUCUUCCUGUUAUGUUCAUCGCAUUUCCCCUUCACAUUCAAGACCACAGAAGUCCAGUAUUUUAAAAGUGGAUUUUUUGUGCUAGGGUAACAAAAUACUUCCCUAUUUUUUCCGGGGUGGGGGGUUGUUUUCAGUAGAGAGAAAACUUUUUAAAAGCAGGAAACUUCAAAACAGAUGAAGGAGCAAAAGAGUGUUUCUUCAACCUCACUUCUGAGGUUCUGAGUGGGCAGUUAAAUUUCCUUCAGAUUCCCACUCUCACCCCAUUUAGGAUCAAGCCCUAUAAUAUUUAAUAUUCAUGCUUAUAGAUUAAACAUUCAACUUGUCUCUUACAAGCUUUUAUUUUUUUUAGUUAGAGCAGACGGUCACUUUCACACAUAAUUUAGACUAUUUAUCUAUCUGAUUAGUGGAUACAAAAUGACUAAAAACAGUGACUAAAAUUUAGCCUGCAAUUUUUGUUUAAAGCUUUAGCUCAAUACAGCUAUAAAUAAAAAUUGCCCCUUCUAACAUUUUCUCUUAUCAAGGGGACACCAAAGGGACAUAAUCCUAUUAAUAAAUGAUCAAGUGGUUUGUGAUAAAUUAUGCCUACAAGUAGUAACCGAAAAGGUUUUAAAGAUGAGGUGCUUUUCACAAAUACCUAGCAAUACUCUUCUCAUAUAAAGGCAGGAUUUGGAAGAGAAUGCUUUCUGCAUAUAGAAGUAUAUGUUUCAAAUAUUAUCUGAUUCUUCUUGAUUAGAUAUUCACAACAAAUACAUCAACUUUCUCUCUGUGUGUGUGCUUUUUAGGAAAAUAACAUUAAGAAGUUCAUUUGAAAUAGCGGGCUCAGAAGAUGUAUUGUCAGAUGAAAAUCUAGGUUUGUAUAAAUGUGUAGCAAUAUAUUAAAUCAGGACAGCCAUAUUUUCAAAGAAUUUAUUCAUAUCUAAGUAGGAUACAGGACAUGCACCUUUCACUGUGAAAACUAGUGCUUGUUUCUGAAAUAUAGUAUUAUGUCAGCCAUAUAUGUGUGGUUAUACGGAAAGAAACUGGGAAGUGUACAUAGACAGUAACAUUUCCACGUUGUUUGCAAAUAAUAAAAAAUGGUUAAGUAAGUAUUUUGCAAACAGAAAUUAAAAUGUCCUUGGAUAUUCCAUGGAAUCACAGUAGCUCAGUGGGGAAGCAGAAGGAGAAGUGAUUUUGUGAAUUUGUGAAUUUGUGAAUUUGUGCAAGCAGAGUGCUGCCUAUGGAUACAAUCCUAGGUUAGCAGAUCUCACCUCCGCAUCCUGGUUUUGGAUUAUAUAGCUAAGUAGACAGAAGGGGAGUCCAAUUGCUUUUUGUAAAGCAGUACAUGGUGGUAGCAGGUUAUUAUGGGAAAUAUUAAGGGGCACCAGAACUUAGUGCAGGCAUAGGCAAAAUCGGCCCUCCAGAUGUUUGGGGGCUACAACGCCCAUCAUCCCUAGCUAACAGGACCAGUGGUCAGGGAUGAUGGGAGUUGUAGUCCCAAAACAUCUGGAGGGCCAAGUUUGCCUAUGCCUGCCUUAGUGGAUCAGAUAAGUGAUUGACCUGAAUCAGGGACCAGGGCCUUAUAGGGGACCUCUCAAAUAAUACAAAACAGUUAAAGUAAAUGUGUCGGGCUAAAGGGACUUUGCAGUCAGAUUUGAUUCUAAAGCUGGCUUUCUGCAAAGUUCAGAGAAUGCUUUCUAAUAUUGUACUUCAAAUUAGGAGGCAUGAAAUACCAAUAUCUAAGCAUUCGUGGUUGUAGCUAAGGCGGGGCAGAGUGACAGCUGCCCUCCCCUAAACCAAGUAAAUCAAUAAAAAUACUUAACUAACUGAGGUUCUGCCCCCCUAACAUAAAUCCUAACUACUCCCGUGUAAGCAUCAAUUACUAAAUUUCAUUUAUUAUCUUUGGUCCCUGUUGAACUGGCACAUCUUCAGUUGGGUCAAGGAACAAAGUCAUUGAAAGGGAACAGGGAAAGGAAUAGCUGCUGUUGUAUCACCCGAGACUUUUAUUAUAAAGCUGUGUUCAAUUGGGAAAAGGUAAGAGCAGUACACUUGGCAAGAUGAGGUUGUUUGCCAGCCUGUAGACUGCUUAUACAGGAUUUCCCCCAAUCCCAAGGUUUAACCAUGAUCAUGUUUACAUUUCCCUCCAUUGUCAGCUCAAUGCAAAUUCUCUAAUACGCCCUCUGAGUUGCUGCAAAUCCAAGCCAUUUCAAUGCUGACAAGUCCAAUUUUAACUUUAUUGUGUAGUUGCUGCCUAAUGUAUCUAAGAUAUAUGAGAUCCAUACUGCAAGGCAGGCCCUUCGUAAUGAGCUCCCAGGCUAUUACAUCUGUUACCAGCUAUGGAAACAUACAGAUCACAGCAUGUAUUGCUAGACAUUAUUUUAAAAAUACAACCCAUCUCUUUUAAAGUAAAACAUGCACAGUUGCAUAUCUUCUGCCUAUUCUUCUCUGCUCGGUAUCAAAGACCAGAUAUUAGCUGUUCUCCUGAUGGCAGAAUUUUUAACAAAGAUGCAGGGACAGAGAUAAAAGAAAAGGGGGAGGAGAAAUCAUAUGUACAAAGUGAAAGAUAGUCAACAGCAGCGUUCUGGAUAGUGUAAAGGCACCUUUCAGUCUUGAUUUCAUUCUACCAUGUGAGUCUUCUGUAAUGCUCUAAAUUGGCUUAGGUGCAAGUUCAUAUAUUAUUGCAAACAAGCUGUAUUUCCUAGUGGAUUCACAUAGCCAUUUUACACAGUGAUAAUGAUUAUCAUGUAAUGGCUUGAUAGUCUAAAACAGCCAUGUAUUGACUUCUAGAUACCUUUUAAAUAUGUAUAACGUGUAAACAAUAGUGACUGAGGGGAGUAAAGCUUUGUAGGGCAUGAUGAUUGAAAUAACCCACGUAUGCAAGGCAUCCUAUUACUGUGAGAAAUUACAUUAUAUUGAUUGUUUAGGAUAUUCUACAUUCAAGAGAACUUUUAAUUCUGCUAGCUAGCAUGAGAGUUGUUGUGAUUUUCCCCGUCUUUCCAAAAUAAAAGUGUGUUGUUAGGUUCUUUUAAUGGUGUACAAAAUGUUUGCUUAGUAUGCUGACAGCCAUACUUGCAAUAACUACAAGAGGCUCCUGUAAAUUAAAUGCUUCCUGCUGCCCCAGUUCUUCUAAAUCACAGCAGUAGGGGUAUUAGCUAACAUUAAAGCAGACAGAAGUAGUAUCUGCUGACUACAUUUAUUAAAGUUCUGUUUACAGCCUUAACUCCUCUGUACUUUCCCCAUCAGUUCAAGGCUGAGCUUUUUAAAAGGAAAAUUUGGAACUGCCCAGUGGUAUGUGAUUAUAAUUCGCAGGCAAAGCAUGUCCCACUACAACACACCUGUGUGUUUUCCUUGUGUGCACACACAUGCUUUUCUCCGUAAUAAUUGGGAGAAAGUUAUCCAAACUUGGAUUUUGACAGCUCUAAUGCAGAAGGAUUGCUUUCAUAUUAGGAAUACUCUGUGGAGAGAAGGAUUGGAUUAUAUGGACACUGCCUUUGGCAGGGAGAGGAAAAAUUGGUAUGCCUGAUCAGCGUCUGGAGUCCUAGGGGAGACUGGACUACUUAAUUUACUUUUCAUAUUGUUGACACUUUUUGCAUCACUUAACAUAAAAUAGCGUCUACACGACUUGAAUUUUUGAACUGCCCAUUUCCCUCCCUCUAACUUCCCAUUCUGGGUUUGGCUGCCCAUUAAAAAAAAUUCCUGGUUCUGAUAUUAUGACUAGUAAUAAAGGGCACCAUCCAACUUCAUUAAAAGGCAUGCAGAUUAUGCUGUUGAUUUCUGUGGGUUUUGGAAAAUCUGGCGUAGCAAAAAGCUUAAAGAAUUCUGGCAACCAUAAAUGACAUAGUUGUGGUUUUCUGUCCUGUGCCUGUAUUAUGCAGGAGGAGUCUAGAUGGGAAAGCUAUUAGGCAGUGGAUAUUGAGAGAAAGGGAUGCGGGUGGCGCUGUGGGUUAAACCACAGAGCCUAGGACUUGCCAAUCAGAAGGUUGGCAGUUCGAAUCCCCACGAUGGGGUGAACUCCUGUUGCUCGGCCCCUGCUCCUGCCAACCUAGCAGUUUGAAAGCACGUCAAAGUGCAAGUAGAUAAAUAGGUGCCGCUCCGGCGGGAAGGUAAACGGCGUUUCUGUGCGCGUCUCUGGUUUGCCAGAAGUGGCUUAGUCAUGCUGGCCACAUGACCCGGAAGCUGUACGCCGGCUCCCUCGGCCAAUAAAACCAGAUGAGCGCCGCAACCCCAGAGUCGGUCAUGACUGGACCUAAUGGUCAGGGGUCCCUUUACCUUUUUAUUGAGAGAAAUGUAGCAUGGGGACAAGGGUUUCCCCACCCCCCCGCCCUUCAAGCCUGGAUUUUAGAAUUGACAGAUGGGUUUGAAAGAAGACAAUAAUUCGUUUUUAUAGUGAAAAGAAUUGUGAAGCACUUCUUCAGUGUGAUAUCAAAGUAGCAUUGAGCUUGUGUGAAUCUCCAGAAACAGGAUUUUACAUCUCCAUUGAAAAGAACACAUAACCUACCAUUCUUAAUUGCUAGGUAAAUGGAAGCCAUACCUUGACACACUUGUAACUAGUGUGACUAAUAGUGCAUAGAGGUUAACACAAUAAGUACCAGCUAAAUAAGCCAUAAAAAAUACCUUUUCAGUGUAAAGCCUGCUAUCAGUAGCUUCUGAGUGUCAUGCACUAAAUUGACUAGAUAUCUAACACAUCUAAAGCUUUCCUAAGGUAACUUUAAAGGAUGACACCAGUGAAAAUUGGAUUAGAUUGUAUCUAACCCUAACUGUAAGGUUUUAUUUGAUGCUUAAUUAACUCUGGCUUCUAAGAACACAACUGAGACUUUAUAUUUCGACCAAUAAAGUCACAAAGAAUAAUUUUCUAUCCUCAUAUUGAUUUAUUUGGCUUGUUUGCUUUUACUUCAAAUAUAGUUGUCUUCUAAAAAUUUCAAAAGCUAAUUGCAUCAUAAUGAGAAUAUUGUUUACCCCAAACACACUGAACAAGGUUAUCGUUCACCUCACUUGAAACCAAAGUUUGGAAAGUAAAGAGAUUCAAACUACACAAGAAAGAUGGAUUUGUGAGAGGGCAAGAAGUGAGUGUAGCUGUGAUAGAACCUUCUAUCUUUUUUUAAAAAAAUGAUGGUGGUGAUGAUUAUGACAAAUUAGACAAUAUUUUAUCAGAAAAAUAGAUAUACAAAGGCAGAAUCAAACAAGACAAGAUUAACAAUUAUAAUUAUAUUAAAUAAUAUUCAGACUAACAGCACAAUCCUGUGUAUGGGCAUGAUCCAGCACACCACAAGGAGUAUCCACUAGCACUUCUCUGUCCUCUCCUCCCCAUUCCAGCCCCCUGCCUAACUCCAAACACUGUUCUGGUAUUUUUGAGAACCCUCAGAACAGAUUUAUCUUUCUGGGGGAAUGGAGGAUGGAGGGAGAAACUGGAAGUGCCAUUGCACUAACAGAGGCUGCAGGUGAAUGUACAUAAUUAGAUCUCAAGGCUAAGGCAGAGGGCCUUCUCGGUAGUGGCGCCCGCCCUGUGGAAUGCCCUCCCAUCAGAUGUCAAGGAAAUAAACAACUGUCUGACUUUUAGAAGACAUCUGCAGACAGCCCAGUUUAGGGAAGUUAUUAGCAUUUGAUGUUUUAUCAUGUUUUUAAUAUUAUGUUGGGAGCCACCCAGAGUGGCUGGGGAAACCAAGUCAGAUGGGUGGGGUAUAAAUAAAUUAUUAUUAUUACAUUAACUUAGUGGGUCUACUCUGAGUAAAGGUUAGUUGGAUGCAACCCAAUAGUUUUGGAAAUUAUUUUAGGGUUUUUUUUGUGGGGGGUGGGAGUUUCCCCCCAUAAUCUUUAUCUGUAACUUAAAUGCAAUUAAUUAAUUUUACAGAAAAUUUACAUUCAUAAUUUAUUUUUAUUCAUGCUUGGGAUGUUAUCUGUCCUCCAAUACUUUGUGUACAUUAUUCUACCCAUUUUAAUCAUGUAUGCAAUCAUUUCACACUGUGUCAACAAAAGAUUUUGUCUUUUUUGCCCAAGUUAGUGCAAUUUAUAUUUGGAUUAACUCUACCACAAAUCAGAUCAUUCUGUUUGUUGCUAUUUUAAUAUCAGACCAAAAUUACAUGCUGUGUGUCUGCCAAAUAUGAUAAGAAGUUACUAUUUUUGUUUACAUUUCCAAAUAAAUAGGAUUGUAAUUACUAGUAAUUUCUAUCUGCAUUUUAUUUUAACUGAAACAGUUGGAAUAAUGUUCAUUAACUCUAUUUUGGCACCAAUGCACUCAUUUAAUCUAACUAUUUGCUUCAGUUGGUUGAGUUGUAGGAUCUGUCUUUCACAUGGCCAUCCUAACCAUGUCUAGUCAAAAGUAAGCCCUGUUGAAUUACGUGGGUCUUACUUCCCAGAUAAGUGAGGUUAGAAUUGCAUCCUUAAAUUGUUAAGUGAUCAGCACAAAUGGAGUUUCCACCAGAAGCCAGUCAGGUUGACCCCAGUGAGAGCACUUGAUUUCAUUUUGUUGCAUAGGAGUACAGUGCUAUCUUGGUUCUUAAGCUUAAUCCGUUCCAGAAGUCUGUUCCAAAACCAAAGCGUUCCAAAACCAAGGCGCGUUUUCCCAUAGAAAGUAAUGCAAAAUGGAUUAAUCUGUUCCAGACCUUUAAAAACAAUCCCUAAAACAGCAAUUUAGCAUGAAUUUUACUAUCUAACAAGACCAUUGAUCGAUAAAAUGAAAGCAAUAAUCAAUGUACUGCAUAGCUGUGAAAGUUUCCCUUUUUAAAAGUGAAAUUCCCUUAUUCCGAAUAGGAUUCCUCGCAAGAAAAGGGAAAAGUUGACAGCUAUGAUGUACUGUACUAUAAAAUAAAUAAGACAGCAUUGUAGAUGAUAAAAAUUAAAAUUGAUUCUUUUUCCUUGCCUGCACUGAUGAUAGUCAUUAUUUGAAGGGGGGGGGCUUUUAUCCAUUUCCGCAGUCGCACAAUCAAUCCACCAGUAGCUGAACUGGGUUCAACACAGUCACAAAAACAAGUUAACCGAAAAAGCCUCAAAAACAAAAAUGCAAAAUAAAUAGCAAAAACAAAAGCACCAAACUCAAUCUGUUCCAGAAGUCCGUUUGACUUCCGAAAUGUUUGAAAACCAAGGUUCAGCUUCUUAUUGGUGCAGGUGCCCUGGAAAAAAUAGCUGACAGCCGCAUCGGACGUUCGGCUUCCGAAAAGCGUUCCAAAACCGGAACACUUACUUCCAGGUUUUCGGCGUUUGAGAACCAAAGCGUUUGAGAACCAAGGUACCACUGUAAUGUCGUAGGAAACACUUUUCUUUUCGUAUCUAGAAUUAGGAUGUUUGCCUGUUCCACUUAACACUUGUAGUCCAAGCAGUCGACUGAGCAAUAAAUAGCAUUGCAUAAAUGUAUAAUGUAUAUGUAAGCUAAAAUAUUGCCAUUUUUAUUAGGUGUUUCUGAGACAGAAAUGAUACUAAAAGAACUGGACCACAUUCUCAAGCAUGUUGCAGCCCCCUCCUACCCAUCUUUGGCAUCAUUUGUGGAUGGAGAGAACAAUAAUGGGAGAGAAGAGGUAUAAAUUAUUCAUAGUUUCUCUACUAAUUACGAAUGAUUGGAAAAACCACUUUAGUAGAAUCCUUAUUUUUGGCUUAGAAACACAACCUGAAAUAUUUACUUAUCUUUUAAUGUACUUACAAAAAGCAUCCACACCAGGCGCUAAAGAGUUAUAUAUUAGGGAAUUAUAAGACUGUUUGAAAAAUGAAAUAGUUAAAAGUGUACACCCUGCAAUAAGUAGAAGUACAUGCAUCUAACAAGACCAUUUUUGAAAUAUUUAUCGCCGGGAUCCCAGACCAGGGAAGCUGCAAUCACUGAUAACCUUGUUAUUAUUUGUAUUGCAUAUAUCUGCAUACAAACAGGCAAAACAGCUACUACUAUAAUACUCCUCUGCCAAGCCAAGUUCCAUAUUUUUUAAAGGGGUAGAGGAACUUACGGCACUCUGAGAAUUUUUAGUUCUUUGUUUUUAUGGAAGGAGGAAGGAAGGGUAAAAUAUAAAAUAAAUUAUCAUUAUUAUUGUUGUUGUUGUUAUUGUUAUUGUUAUUAUUGCUGCAAUAUAAUUCCUGAACAUUUUCCAGGCAUGCUGGAGAACAAACCUGCAACAUUACAAUUAUUUAGAUAUUUAUGUAGCAUUUUAGCAACUUCAGCCUAGUGCACGCAUUCAAAAGCUACUCCAUGCAAAGUGUUCUGACUGUUUCCAAGAACACACAGAAAAUGUAAAUUAUGUUGUAGGUCAUAGAAGGACUUGUAUUAGCAGUGGACCUUGGUAUUAUGCCACCCUGUGCUAGGCCAACAUUUGACGCCCUCCUCCCAGCCCUCGUGGCACUGGCUUAAGCCCAACUUUGGGAAUGAGACACAAGGCUCUGGCAGGGUCCUAGAGCCCUCCUACCUCCAUCCCAAAGCCCAGUAAGUGCUUGCCCAGCUUUGGGAAGGAGGCAAGAUGAUUCUAGAACCCUGUCAGAGCCUCGCACCUCCUUCUUGAAGCUGGGCAAGUGCUUGCACCAGGCUUUGAGAAAGUGCCCUCCUCAGCUAUGCCCUAUAGCUGCCUCUGUAUGUAUCAAACAUGAUACAAUGCCAUUGAAUUUUGUUCUGAAAUUUGCACGACUUUCUUAUCCAGAACCAGGAAAGUAGCAACCUUUUAGUAUGAGUUUGCAGUUAAAUUUUUACUUAUUGUUUCUUAGUUACAUUUGUGUACCACUUCCCAGCAAAGCCCACAGUUAUCUUUCUUGCCGUUAAUCCAUCCAAUAUGCUGAAUCAGAAAAUGAAAUGAAGGGAGGGAUUAUAACCGUUUUCCCCCGUUGACCUUCAAUAACCCACAUAAGGUUAUCCAACAGUGUGAAUGUAUAACAAUCCAUCAAUCAGUAUUUGCAGCCUGUUCACAUAACAGUUUUGUGAAAGGUUUAAAAAAUAGCAUUCCACUUUUCUAAAAAAAGAAGAGAGUGAGAUUUAAUGUCUGUUUGCAUAUGGUUUCAUAGCUGUCAAGUGUCCCUUAUUUGAAGGGACAGUCCCUUAUUCCAGUGCCAUGUCCCACUGCUGUCCCUUAUUGAUGGAUGCCCCUUAAAUGUCCCUUAAAUGAUGUCCCUUUAAAUUUCAAAGCAGCUCCUUUCCCUCCCUCCCUGCCAGCCAGGGAGGAGGGAGGCUUGGCUGUUGCUUGGCUGUGUUGCUCACCCAAUAAGAAGUCUAAGAACGACUGGGGGGUGGAGCUUGCAUGCCUUGUGUAUGGCUAGUUAAUGCAAGCUGAGGGGGGUUUUGAAUGCCGGACGCCAUUUUGUUGCACGUGCUGCUGCAAACUUUGCAGUGCAAAGCCAGGCCGGGGAGCCAUCUUAAGCUGAGGCUGCAUAGGCGUUGUGGUGCAUGUGAUUCAGAUUCUAUUCAGCUGAACCUCUGGUUACAAAGUUGGUUGGACAGUGUUCUCGAAGCUACCCAGCAUGAGUUUGACCAGACUGCAGGAGGACAGGAAGACUGGAGUGCCUGGAACAGGUGAGGCUGCAGGUCCCUUAUUUUGGCUGUUGGUCCCUUAUUUUCAAGGCUGCUGGUCCCUUAUUUUCAAAUCUGUAAGUUGACAGCUAUGUAUGGUGUGUAAACAUGAACUCACAUUUUUAGGUACAUAGGAAGCUGGUGUAUAUCAUUAGACCAUUUCUCAAUCCAGCUCAGUGUGGCUGCCACUAAUUGGCAGGAGUCUGUCCAACCCAGGACUGGAAGUUGAAUCUGGGAUUUUUUGAAUGCAAACAAUGUGCUCUGAGCUGUUGCCCUCACCCAAUUUUCUUCCAUACAUUUUACAGUAUGGAGAUUUGAAGGUUAAUUUACCUUAAAACAUAAAUUAGGAACCAAUGACCUUGAUCCAGCACUAGUUGAUUACAACUUUAAUGCAAGAAGAGAUUCUGAAUAAGAAGAGUUGUAAUUCCCAUCUGCAUUAGAAGAAGAAAUAAUAAUAAUAAUAAUAGUAAUAAAGCACUACUAGCUGAUACUAGAUAGACAACUGCAUUCAGAUUGGUGUUCCAUGUGUAUGUCUGCUUCUGCUGGUAGCUCUCCAUUCCUGUAUCAGGUGAAGAUUAUCUGUUGCAAAAUUGUAUUUAAUUUUAGAAUACGAAUAUUUCCCCCCUUUUAGGUAGCUAACCUCUGCCUGGAGUGUACUGAAAAAAGGCCAAUGGAAAUCAACGCCCAAGAGGACUGUAUUAUAAUUGAUGGAAAAGCUUUCAAGGCUGGAGAGUGCAUUGAGAGUAUAACAGACAGGUUUAAGGAAAUAGAGUCUUUAAUGGCUGAAUUCCAAGACAGCUUGUAGCGCUGAUAAGAGAGAACCUAUUAUACUAUUUACAGCUUUAGAGUGCAUUCUUUUUCACAUAUAGAGGGAGAUCCUUAACAGCAGUUCAACAAUAUAGUUACUGUGAAGUUUAACAAUUUUUUUGGCCUGCUCAUUGAUAAAAUUGAUAUCAAACUUAGUCCGUGUCCAGAUUAAAAUGUGUAAUCCAACAGCACAGUCAUGCACGUUUAGAUGUCUUCACCUGAUAAUUAUUUUCUCUCUCGCUGGCUUUAAGCAAAUUGUAGAUUUCUAUAAAUCAGAAUGAAAUAAAGAGCUAUUUUACUUGAA